UGUACAACAGCACUUUUCUUAUGGAAAUAUUUACACAAACAAACAUACUGUUGUCUGCCAAGUGUGCCAUCUAGUUUCCCUUUAAUAGACACAUUUGUUUUUAGAUUUAAUUAUUCUAUAGGUCACCCAUAAUUUAACCUCGGUUCAGCAAAGAAACGGCCAGUGAAGCAUGGCGGUGCAUUUCUACCUCGAUGGCUGAACAACAGCUGUAGCUCUGACCCACUUAUUCAUCUAUCCUUAGACUAAUGUGACCCACUCAUGCCACAUUACUGAAAAGAGACUUUAUCAAUGAAGGGCUGGUUGAUUGACUGUCUGGUGGAAUAUCAUCUGUAGCCCAACAGCGCCCUCUGGGGGACAGGCCUCGGAACAUACACGAGCCGCGUCGCUCUCGCUUAGACAAACUAAUCUUUUGAUCUUCUGAGAUCUCAGCGUCUUCCGUCUGAAGGUUCGUCGGGGUAAUGGAGGUUUUUAUGAAACUAUGCAAAAUCCUUUGUUUAAUGCUCACGUUGCCGCUGUGGAUACUGGAGCAGCUGGGCUUGUACGGUUUAUACAAACGGGUGUUUCCUUUCCUCGCCUACAACAUAACAUUUUCAUACAAUGACAAAAUGCACAAAGUGAAGCGAAACCUUUUCCGUAACAUCCACAACUUCGCCAAUAAGGACCACACUCUACGACUGCUGGAGAUCGGCUGUGGGAGCGGGGCAAACUUCCCCUUCUAUCCGGGGGGCUGCACCGUGACCUGCACCGACCCCAACCCGCACUUUGAGCGGUACUUGAGGAGGAGCAUGGAGGCGAACACGCACCUGACAUACGAGGCGUUCUUAGUCAUGGCCGGUGAGGACAUGACUGGGGUCGCCGACCAGAGCAUGGACGUGGUGGUCUGCACGCUGGUCCUCUGCUCGGUCCGGGACGUCCGACGGGUCCUGGAGGAGACGCAACGCAUCCUCAGACCGGGCGGGGCCUUCUACUUCAUGGAGCACGUGGCCUCGGCCCGCGGGUCGUGGACCUUCUUCUUCCAGUACGCACUGCAGCCGGCCUGGUACUACCUGGGGGACGGCUGCGUGACCACCAGGGAGACGUGGAAGGACCUGGAGGCCGCCGGCUUCUCCUCGCUCCACCUCUCACACGUGGAGGCCCCGCAGGUCACCUACACCAUCAGGCCGCACGUCCUGGGCUGGGCCGUCAAGUGAGGACGGGUGGGUCAGGACCUUAACCUACUGGUUACGGUUACAGAUUGAGGAGCCACACCCGGCCUAUUUGACAGAAAAUAUAUUUUAUUUGCUUACAGGAUCGGAAAGUCAUCGUUUGCUUUUUUAACCUCACUGGAACAAAACACAAAAGGAAACAAAAUAAAUAUUACCUGGACAGUUGUGCUUUUCCCUGAUUGUCUAAGUAACAGCCAAAUUAAAUCAACACAGAUCGAUCCUCUGGUCUAAUGCCCUUUAUGUUCUUCUGCACAAAAGAAAGAAUGACAGUUGUAACAUUUAUUACCAAGGGAAUGGGGUCGGUUGGUAAGGUUGGUACAGUCACGUUAUGUGAACAAAAAAUCCUCGGGAUGCUGUAACAAGUGGAAAAGAGCCAUUGCUUUUGCAAGAAAAAAAAUAAUACGCAAUAUUGUGGGAAGCAAAAGAGACAAUUAGAAAGUGUCAGUAAUAAAAAUCACAAUUUAACAUUUGCUUUACUCAGAAUAUACACAAGUAGAAAUGACUUAGCAUAGCAAAUAUGUUAGCUCGAUAAAAACAGCAGGUUAAAACAGUCCAUUUCAUUUUUUUAUAUCGUAAUGCAAAACUUGUAUCACUAUCAAUAAAAAAGAAAAAACGGAAUAUCGAGAUAUAAAAUAAGCCGGUUUUCCCAGAUAAGCACAUGAUAUCUGACGGGAGCGGCCAUCCUAGUCCCGCGCCGGGAACGUUUCGGAACGCUAUCCCGGAACGCUAUCCUGUCUUCACACAAUACAGGUCCUUUAAUGUUUUCAGUUCCUCGAUCAGAGUCUUGUUCUGGUUCUCCAGAACCGCCACGCGGUUUUCCAGACAUUUCACGUAUUCCUUUUUCUUGCGCCGGCAUUCCCGUGCAGCCUCUCUGGAAAGAUGAGCGGAGAAAGAGUUUAAGG